AGUGAGUUCAUCGUAUGACGUGCAACAUGACUGGAAUGUCUUCCCCGUCAGUAUUCUUUCGAUAUUCGUCAUUUACAGCGCCCGAUGUCCUCGUCUUAUAUAACCGCACACACAGCAUGGCCUACCUCGGUGGCCGUGAAGCCAGAGGUCCAGCGGCUCCUCGCCCUUUUCUAUUCCCUGCUGGACAUCCCGGAUACGAGCGUCGGGCAUAGAUUCGCCGAGGAAGUCUUUGCGAAAGAUGGAGUCAUGUUCGGGAUGGGGCCUGGGUUUGACGGUGAAGCCGAAAUCCGCAAGUCGCGCGAAUACGCCUGGAUAGAUUACACUUCGCGCCGGCACGAAAUGCUCAGAGUGUACGCCCACGACGCAUUGGGCUUGGAUCUAUUGGUCAUCGGGCGCGUCGAAAUGGGUGUGAGGAACGGGAGGACCGUGAACGAGGAGUUUGUCGCGAGGUUCGUGGUCGAUGAGGCUACACUUGAGAGCAAGAGUCCGAAUGGGGAUGAUGGGGUGAGGUUGAAGUUCAGUCGUGUUUGGUCGAAUAUGGAGCCUAUCAUGGCUGCGAUGCGGGAACAGUGAGUGUCUCGACGGGAGCGACGAUGGGCUACAAGGCACGACACAUUUGGUAAAGUAUCGACCUCAAAUGGCU